AGGAAGUAGACGUCAUCUUACGGAGAGAUCAGACAAUCAAAUGUCGUGGAUACGAGAAGGGGAAUUAAACCUUCUUGAGAGGUUUGCUGCUAACGUACUGAAGGCAGGGCCAAUGCCCAGGCAUGUGGCCUUUAUCAUGGAUGGAAACAGACGCUAUGCCCGCAAAAAUAAAGUGGAACGACAGGAGGGCCACUCACAGGGUUUCAACAAACUAGCUGAGACACUUCGGUGGUGUCUGAAUCUGGACAUCAAAGAGGUCACGGUCUACGCGUUUAGCAUCGAGAACUUCAAGCGGUCGAAGGAGGAGGUGGACGGCCUGAUGGAACUGGCAAAGCAGAAGUUUUACCGUCUGCUGGAGGAACAACAGAACCUGGAGAAACACGGGGUAUGUAUCCGAGUGCUGGGAGACAUGACUCUGUUGCCGUAUGACCUCCAGCAGGUCAUCGCCCAAGCAGUCGUGGCCACUAGAAACCAUAACAAAUGUUUUCUGAAUGUAUGCUUUGCAUACACGUCCAGACAUGAAAUUGCCAAUGCUGUCAAAGAGAUGGCAUGGGGUGUUGAGCAAGGCCUGAUUAAAUCCAGUGAUGUUUCUGAAGCCUUGCUCAGUCAGUGUCUGUACAGCAGUAACUCUCCCAACCCGGAUCUGCUCAUACGCACAUCAGGAGAGGUGCGACUAAGCGAUUUCCUGUUGUGGCAGACGUCAUACUCAUGUUUAGCGUUCCAGUCCGUCCUGUGGCCAGAGUACUCUUUUUGGAAUCUUUGUGAGGCUAUACUGCAGUACCAAUUUAGUUACCGGUCUCUCCAGAAAGCUAGAGAGCUACACAAGGAAGAACAGGCUCAACAACAGCUGGAGUCAGACCGUGUAUGUGUAGCUCAGCUGGUACAACAUGGUGGGAAUGGUAAACCUAUGGAUGCCCACAACAGACAGAAAGCACUGAAUAACUACACCACGAGCCGGGAGGAGAGAGUCCACAACUUUCUUGCAGCUCUGCAGAGCAAAAGGGACAAUUUCUUCCACAAAUUGAGCCAAACAGCUCUAACAUAGAUCAUAAUUAAUUUAAUGUCUGUUCCAAGCGAAUAUGGUCUGUGAGCAAGAGAAACUGAUUUUCAGUGAUAUUUGUAUUUAAUAAUUUGUACGAAGUUGAAUUCAAAAAUGAUUUUUCACCCCGUUUUAUGGGGCACUUUGUGAUGUACUGUAUGUUUCUAGCGUGCUUGUUAAAGUGCAGAAAAAAAUCACAAUGUGUGAAAUACCCCUAAUUCUGUUACUACACCUCCAGGAACUUUAAUAUAGCAUUUAUGAAAUAAUUAAAAAUAUCAGACAAUUUGACUUUACUAGCAAUCUUGAGAGGCUACAUGCAUGCAAAUAUUUUAAUGAUAAUAGUAUAGAAGGCUGCAUAUGGCAUAUCAGAUGUGCUGUAGCGUUAAUAAGUACACUUCAUCAAAAAAAUUUCAAUGUCAAAUUACAUUACA